ACAUCUCGCUUAGCUUUUUUCAUUUUGAAGUGGUCAUAUCUGCAUGGCUGUUUACAUGUUAUAUAACACAUCCUAUUCCAGAUCUACCACGAGCUGAGCUCUAAAUGGUAAAUGCCACUGUGAGAAGCAGACAGGAAGAGGCGGAGCGCCAGCGGCGCCUGGAGCCGGCGCCCCGCACUGGACGGAGCGACAAGCUUAGCUGUGAGCCCAAGGGCCGCUUUGCCCACCGUCCCGCCGGUCCCGGCCGUAGCUAGGGGGUCCGCAGGCCCUGCGGCAACCCUCGGUACAGACGCUGGGCGGGAGGCGACACCUGGCCCAUGGCCCCCGAGGCGGCUCCGUCUUCCUUGGCCGUCAGGGCCUCAAGCCCCGCCGCGGCCCCCACCUCGUACGGCGUCUUCUGCAAGGGGCUCUCCCGCACCCUCCUCGCCUUCUUCGAGCUGGCCUGGCAGCUGCGCAUGAAUUUUCCGUACUUCUACGUCGCGGGCUCGGUGAUUCUCAACAUUCGCUUGCAGGUACACAUUUAGACCCGUGACUAAGCUAACGGGCUCCGGGGCCAGCAAGAUGGCCGACUCCUAGGGUCCUUUGCGGCGCGGCGGAGCAGCGGAUAGCGAGCCCCACAGUCUCGCGAGGGUGCUCAGGCGCUCUUCGCGGCUGCGCUCUUCGCUGCUAGCGGAGCUCGUCCCGGGGGCGCUGGGAGCCUUUAGUUCCUGGAAAGAGAAAAUACGCGAUCCCGGAAACAGAGAACUGCAGUUAAGACCCUCGAAAAGAUCUAAGAGAGCGUGCAUCCUUAAACACCCUGACGAAUUUCAGGACGUGACAAAGCACAGAGGGUGCAUUAUUUCCAAAUAAAAGGGUGAAAUUUUCAGGAAAAAGAAAAUCAGUAAACCGGGAAUAUUGGAUUGGAUUGUAAGCAAGAUCUGAAAUAGGAAGCUGAAGGUGUUAAGGCUGUGAUGUAGUAGGCACAUAUUUCUUCAUCCCACAAGAGAAAACAAUAAUAAUCAGAAACUUAUAGUGAAAAAAAGCAAAACUGUGCAAGAAAAACAUCCUCCAAGUACCAGACAUAAAAUGCUGCAAGCUUUUGAACUAAUGGGGAGGGUGUAAGAAAAUGGGCUCUAUUUCAAUGCUCUUGUGACAGGACGACGGACAUCGAGACUUGGAGCCUCAGAGAAGGAGAUCCCUUAGUAGCACAAAGCUUGGCUAUUCAGUGAAUAACAUUUAAAUAAUAGUAAAAUGCAAAUGCUGUUUAUGGUUUUUAUUGUUUAAGGGUGUAUCUAAUUAUGGUUACAAAGUGGAAUGCAAAUGUUAUCCAUCAUGUUUUAAAAAUACAGACGGAAAUACAAGUGGGAACGUGAAGAAGGGGGGAGACAUAAUGGAAUGGUAGUAAUGUCCUUAUAAAGUGGGAAAUUGAAGGAUACGGUCUGUUGUUGAGUGGGGAAAGACAUUUUUAUUACUUACAAGGUAGCCAUAAAAUUUCUAAAAUAGUAAUAUACCUAUAUUAAAGAGGAAGAGUGGUAGGAGAGAACAGUAUGAAGUCAACAGGAAAUGCCUAAAGAUGGAGACCUCAGGUAAAAUAUUUUAAAAAAUAAAAAUGUAUAAUAGAGUACCUGGUGUAUUUGAAUACAGCCUAGAGAGCUUUCAUUUUCCAGAGGGUGGGGGGAUAAAUUAGUAAUUGCGUAUUUUUCAAAAUUAAGAAAACAAAACAUGUAAUUUUGAACCCUGGAAAAAAUAAAAAUCCAAAAACUACACUGCAUACCUCAACUGUGAACAAUACUAGUCAUGUAAAGUCAAUCAUAAUUAUGUAAAUACUGAAUACUGAUUUUACAAUUAAUGAUUCUAUAACACUGGGAGGAUGAGAGAAAAGAGAUGUGUGUGUAAUGGUGGUGAGCCAAUCAAGAUCUGAUAUAGAAAACUGCAGAAAAAGAAGUAUACACACUUUUUUUUUCAGAUAAGAAAACUGUAAUAAGAAACCACUAAGAGUGGUAAAGUUUUAAAUCAAGGUCUGUGCUGAAAAAGUAGUAUACACAUGUUUUUUCAGGGGAAAAAAAGAAAACUAAAUAAGAAACCACCAAGAGAGGUAAAGUUUUAAACUAGUCGCAGUGCUCUGUAUUCUACUCACUGUGUCCAGCAAACAGUGAUCUAUCACUUUAAAUAAUAAGCAUCUUGCCCCCUCCAACACCAUGUCUGGCCUUGGGUAAUUGUUCCUUCUAGGCUUUAUUCCUUGUCUCCAGCCAAACUCCAUUUGGGCACAUUCUCCUAUAUGCCUUUUCUACCCUUUUCUGCCUGAAGAUACUCUAUUUUAAAGCUAAGCUUAGAUGACACUUUUUCCAUUAAAUUUUUCCUGGUUUGCACUGACCAUAUAGGAGCUCACUUCUUUUAAUCCGUAAGGCUAUUUUCAUAGGUUGCCUUAUUUUUCCCUAAUUGUGCAUCACUUAUCUGUUUUAUUUACCCAAGACAGGUUUCCUAGACUCUGAUAAGCCAAAAUAUUUUAGUCUAAAAUAUCAGAAGUGUAGUUUAAUCAAUGAAAUAGGAAUACCAAGGGAUUUAGAAUAGUGGACAUCACUGUUCCCCAGAGGCACUAAUGUCCCAAUUUGUAACACAAAAGACUAUCCACUCUUAAUCCUGAAAUGGUGAUAGAGUAGGAUGCUCCAUUUGGGUGGCUACAUGAACAUAUUCCUACAACUUUUUUUCUCACAUCAGUCUUUUGUUAAACUGAAGAAACCGACUUUAUAUUUAUUAUAUCCUCCAGCAGAAUUGGGAGCUCUGUGAGGGAAGACAAUAUAUCCUAUUCCAUUUCAUACUCUGUAGUAACAGUAACAGUGUGUGUGUGUGUGUGUGUGUGUGUACAUAUACAUAUAUACACAUAUAUUACACAUACACAUAUAAAUGUAAGUAGUAACUAUAAGUAUACAGUUAGUACUUACUAUAUAUGUAUACAGUUACUACUUACAUUUACUUCCUAAUAUAUAUCUUUAUAUAUUAUCUAUUGGGAAGUAAAUAUGGUUUAUCAUUUGGUUUAUCAUUUAUUCAUAAUUGCUCUUAGUUCUUGAGGUAUAUUUUGCCUCCUACAUGAUGCAAUUCAAUGAAAUUUCCAGGGGACAAAACAAGAUUUUGACAUGAAUAAACCACUUAUUGUUAUAAUUCACAAGUGAGUUUAUUCUUCCUGGCACACUUCCAGGUAAUAUCCAUUAGGCCAACGAUUUUGUUUGUUCACUGCUCUAUCCCCAAGCCUAGAGCAUUGCCCAGUGCAAAAUAGCUAAUAAAUAUUUUUGAAUAGAUAGAUGAAUGGCCAUUUGUUUGGUAUGCUCUACACAGUCAGCAGUCAAUAAAGGAAACAGAUAUAUUUGUUCCUGAUAAUAAGAUCAUUCCCUUUAUUACCCAUAAAUUGGGCUUUUUCAGACUAUCAUACACAUUGAUAGAUCCAGAGAUCCCUCAAGCAUGAAGAAGCAGAGAGGUAGGUAGUAUAAUUAUUAUCAAUAAAGAUAAAACUUAAGAAAUUUAGCUGGCAAAAAAAAAA